AUGAGGUUAACAGCCACCCUUCGAAGAAGCCACCCGUUUCUCAGCAGGGCCAGCGAAUUACGCCACCACAAGCACGGCGUCAGGUCGGCAGCGCUCUCCACGGCGCCAGAGGACGCUCAUUCCACCCAUUUGCGGCGGGUGUUCGACGACCAGAAGUACUUCCAAGCAUUCAACAAACAGGCCACCGACGGCGCCAGUGGGCUCUUUGGGCCUCGCACGGGCCUCUUCCGCAACGAGAGCUUGUCAACACCGCACGGACUCGUGGAGUUCUCCAAACAGUCGCUCCAGGAGGCCAAGGCGUUGGUAGCCGCCAUGGUGGCAGAUGCCAGCGCGGGAGCCGCUGGAAGAGCCACCUACAUUCGCAAAUUGGACCAGCUCAGCGACCUCUUGUGCCGAGUGAUCGACGUGGCAGAGUUCAUCCGGGUAGCGCACCCCAGCUCCAAGUGGGUAAACGCUGCCCAGCAGACCCACGAGAUCAUGUUUGAGUACAUGAACCAGCUCAACACCAACGUGGAGUUGUACCAGCACCUCCGGGACAUUUUGGCGGACGACUCGGUGCGCGCGAAAUUGACGCCUGAGGAAGUGCUGGUGGGGGAGUAUUUGCAGCAGGACUUCGAGCGCUCGGGAAUCCACAUGGACCCAGCUACACGAGCACGGUUUGUGUCUAUCACUCAGGAGAUCUCGCUCUUGGGGUCACACUUCAACAACGAGCUCCACAACCUCCAGUCGUACUGGUGUGAGGUGACGGCAGCCGAGUUUGCCCAGAUUCCCGAUGCCCAGCUCCGCAGCGAAAUCUUGAGCUACCAGGGGCGCGCGGGCCAGCGCGGUGGGAGUGGCACGGUGCAAGUGCCGUUGGCAGGCCACAUUCCCUACACGAUUUUGACGCACUGUCCCGCGGAGGCGGUGCGUAAGAAAAUCUGGAUAGCAUUGCACAACUCGUCCGAGGACCAGAUUGCCACUCUCAAUGGGUUCUUGGAGCAGCGGGCGCACUUGGCACGGAUGUUGGGGUACCGGUCGUUUGCGCACUAUCAGCUCGAGCACAAGAUGGCGCGGACACCGGAGAAUGUGAAGGCGUUUCUCGGUGAGCUCCAGGGGCUGUUGCGGGAAGGAGGGGUUGCACGAGAGCUCGCGCGUGCUGCUAGCAACAGUGGGACUACCAGUUCCACCACUGGUUUUACCGACGACGCCAGCGCCAUCCGUCCCUGGGACCGUGACUACCUCCUCGCACGCCUCCAGCACCACACCAAAACCCAGGCCCCCUCUGCACCCAUCGCCGACUACUUCUCCAUUGGUACGGUGGUCGCAGGCUUGAGUCGCUUGUUCACCGCCCUCUACAACGUCAAGUUCGUGCCGGAGCCCACCCUCCGUGGUGAGACCUGGGACCCCAACCAAGUGCGCAAGCUCAACGUGUACGAUGUGGGCUCCAACACCAAGUUAGGGUAUCUCUACCUCGACUUCUGGCUGCCAAAGGUGCUCCCUUCGCACUUCACUAUUGUGUGCCUGCGUCGCCUCAACGAGGCCCUUGGCACUGAGAACCGCUCCCAGAUGUCGGCGCGUGUGCAGUUGGAUGGCGACUACCAGUUGCCGGUCAUUUCGUUGGUGUGCAAUUUCCACCGCGCUAACGAGCCCAUUGGCCGCUUCGCGGGAAUAGAAGCCUCACGCCCCACCCUCCUUACCUUGGACCAGGUCGAUACCGUGUUCCACGAGAUGGGCCACGCCAUGCACUCCAUGCUUGGACGUACCGAGCUUCACAACUUGUCAGGGACACGUUGUGCCACCGACUUCGUGGAGUUGCCAUCUGUAUUGAUGGAGCAGUUCAGUAAGGACCCGCGGGUGAUGGUGGAAAUCGGUCGCCAUCACCAAACUGGCGCACGGUUGUCGAGCCAGUUGUUGGCCCAGCACCACCGCCAGCGCAUGGAGCUCGACGAGUGUGAAACCUACAUGCAAUCCAAGAUGGCCAUGUUGGACCAAGCGUUGCACAGCGAGGAGUGGAUGUGUCGUGAGGGGCCUCCAGACUCCACUGCUGUGUACCACAAGCUCGAGGCACGCCUCGAGGUGUUUGCUGACCAGUGGUCCACCUGGCACGGCAAGUUUCCCCACUUGUUCUCGUACGGGGCGGUGUACUACUCGUACUUGUUGGACCGAGCGAUCGCAGCUCGGGUAUGGGAGGGCCUUUUUGCGGCCGAUCCCUGGAGCAGGGCUGCUGGUGAGCGGUACCGCCACAGCAUCUUGAAGUGGGGAGGCACCCGGGAUCCGUGGGAAUGCUUGGGAGACGCCUUGGGCGACCCCGAGCUUGCCGGGGGAGACUCGCGGGCGAUGGAGAUUAUAGGUCAUGGGCAAAAGGAUAAGCGGGGAUAA